AUGUCUUGUUAUGACCUGGCCACCACCUCUGCCUGCGGUGUCAUCCGUCCCCAGCCCCUCGCUGACAGUGGGAAUGAGCCGUGUGUCCGCCAGUGCCCUGACUCCACCACUGUGAUCCAGCCUCCUCCCGUCGUCGUCACCUUCCCUGGCCCCAUCCUCAGCUCCUUCCCCCAGAAUGCAGUUGUGGGAUCUGCUGGAGCACCCGUCCUUGGGGGCUAUGGGGGCUCUGGGGGUCUGUAUGGCUCCGGAGGCUAUGGCUAUGGGGGUUAUGGGAGUCUGUAUGGCUCUGGAAGCUAUGGGGGUCUGUAUGGCUAUGGGGGCCUCCUGAACUAUGGAGGUCUGUAUGGCUCUGGUAGAUCCUAUGGUUCUGGCUAUUGCAGCCCCUCCUCGUACCGGUACAGGAGUUACAGCCGUGGCACCUGUGGGCCCUGCUAA